AUGGCUGAGCGAGAGCAGGUCAAGCCCUUUGCCUCCGUCACCUUAGGAGGAGUUCGCAGCAGCAGCAGCAGCGACGACGAUGAAGCUUUGUCUAUGGAAAUGCAGCUGAGAAAGAGGAGAUAUAUCCAGUGCUGUGGCUGCAUCGCCGCUCUUUUUUUAAUCCUAGCCGUCGUAGUUUUAGUCCUGUCUUUCACAGUGUUUCGAAUCGGGGACCCAUUGAUCAGGUUGAAUUCUCUAACGAUACAGAGCCUGGAUAUUUCAACAAACGGAAGUUUAAAGACUCAUGUGAACUUGACACUUUUAGUUGAUGUUUCGGUGAAGAACCCCAACGCGGCAACUUUCAAAUUCGAUAAUGGCUCGACGACGAUUUACUACGGUGGCAGGGUGGUGGGCGAGGGCGUCCAUUUCCAAGAGAAGAUUAAGCCCAGGCGUACGCUGCGGAGGAAUGUGACGGUGGAAAUAGAUCCUGUGAAAUUCGUGGUUGUUCCCGGCUUUAUCACUGAUUUAAUGGUUGCUAAGAGAUUGAAUGUAAGCAGUCAUACCAGAAUUUCGGGCCGGGUUAAUAUUAUGAACCUCGUUAAAAAGCACGUUGUGGUGAAAUUCAGUUGUUCCAUGACUGUUAGAUUCCCCAGCAAUGGCUUUCAUGGAGAGAAGUGCAAGCCAGAACUCGAUUUCUAA